AUGAGUUCCCAAUUUGAGCUCGCGCAGAACCCGACCGACGUAAUCUCCGCCGUAACCUUCUCCCCCUACACACCCACACGCCUGCUCGUCUCCUCCUGGGACAAGAAUGUCUACCUAUACGACACGCAAGAUGGACCUGGCGGUAAAAUGAUUCAGAAGUACGAACACCCGGCUCCGGUUCUGGACGUAUGUUUCGGCCGGGACGACAACGAAGCCUUCUCGUGCGGUCUGGAUUGGGAAGUCAGGAGGAUAAACCUCCAAAGCGGAGAGCAGACGAUUCUGUCGACACAUGAUCAGGGUGUGAGAAGUGUGAUUUAUGCGCCGAAGCACAGGCUGCUGGUGUCCGGAUCGUGGGAUUCUACGCUACACCUGCACAAUGUUGAUCAGCCGGGAGAGUUCUCGACGGUGCAGCUCGAAUCGAAGCCGUUCUCGCUAUCCGUUAGUCCCACGAAGCUGGUUGUCGCUAUGGCGAAUCGCGGCGUGAAUAUCUACGAGUUGGAUGCGCUGGCGAGUGCCACUGGCAAGGGUGGAGUGGUCAAUGUGGAGCCCUGGCAAAGAAGAGAAAGCUCUAUGAAGUAUAUGACGCGCGCUGUUGCAUGCAUGCCGAAUGAUGCGGGAUAUGCGAGUUCGUCAAUUGAGGGACGUGUGGCUGUGGAAUGGUUCGAUCCGAGCGAGGAGUCGCAGAAGCGGAAGUACGCGUUCAAGUGCCAUCGUCAAGCCGUGGAUGGCCAGGAUGUUGUGUAUCCGGUGCAUGCGCUUGCUUUCCAUCCUGUGCAUGGCACGUUUGCAUCUGGAGGUGGCGAUGGUGUUGUUGCGUUGUGGGAUGGUAUUAACAAGAGAAGGAUACGGCAGUAUCAGCGCUUCCCUUCUUCGGUGUCAUCGCUUGCAUUCAGUGGGGAUGGGAAAUAUCUGGCAGUUGGUGUGAGUCCCGGGUUUGAGGAUGGCCAGGACGAUAUCCCAGAAGGAGCCAUCAAAGUCUUCAUAAGAGAACUCGCUGAUGGCGAGGCCCAAGGAAAGAAAAAGUGA